AUGCCGCCUUCAAUCACUUCGCGGAAUAUUGGGAUUUUCAUGAAAAGCUCUCGUUUCCUCUUCAUUUCUGCUGCUCACGUCGUGUUUGAUGCUUGCAGUUCGUUUCAAAUGAGACGUGAUCCGCUCACCAGUUGCAACAUCACAAAAGAAGCGUUGUCAAAGGCAGCUGAAGCUGUGCAUUUAUUGCGCCCAUACACAUUUGACAUUAGGUGCAAUCCCGAUUGUUUCUCUAAUACUGUGAAACAUGCUUCUGGAGAGGAUCUGGAAAAGCUUUCAAGAAAAGAUUUCAGGAUUUCUCCUCGUAAGGUUAAUUUGAUGACUUCCGUCUAUGGAGUUAUGCCAGUGAGCUCGCUCAAGCUCUUCGACUCCUUGCUCGCCCCUUUCCUAUAUAUUUGGCGAUUCAGCCGACUCUGCCCUCACGAGCAUCGUCCAGCGCUUAUGAGUGAGCGUUGCACAGGAUUGACCAUGCAUAAACAACCAUUGAAUAUGUGGGUAUUAUAA